GGGGUAGAAGCGUGAUAGAUACGGGCCUAUGAUCGAGCUGGCACUAGAAAAGGGGGUGGGGGUGCAGUGGUACGUAGAGAGGUCCGGGAGUAUCAAAAAGGGGUCUGUGGUAGAAGCCAAAGAGGCUCUGCGUUAUCCGUCCUAGCAUAUGGGUAGAAUUAUGGAAGAUAUACUGGGGUGCUGUGGGGGAGAUAUGGGGAAUGUGCUUCUUUGUCAAGGGGUCCAGGAUUCUUGAUAAAUUGCUUUUUAUCAACACUAACAUUGGACCGAGAAAAGCUUCUAAUUACUGAGAUAAAGAAUCACCUUAUCAGGUUCAACAUGGAGUCUGAAGAUGCCAUUUCUCCUGAACAAUUGGUUGAAGGUUUGCAGCUCUCAGAAGAACAGGCUAGUUCUCCACAGCCUGAUCACAAUAAUGUGAAUAUUCCCAAGAUCACCAAAGAAGGAGUGAAUCAGUUACCUGAAUCAGAGUCCAGAGAAGAUGAUGACCUCUUCCAUGACUGUAAUGACUCUUUUGAAUUGGGAGCAGUAGAAAAGAAUCACAAUCCUGAAGCAGAUCCUUCAGAUAAUCAAAUAGAUCCAGAUGAAAAAGUCUUAUUAGAGCUAGAAAAAAAUAUGUCUGAAGAAGAAAAACAGAAAAGAAGAAAUGAGAGCACAAAAUUAAAAGAAGAAGGAAAUGAACAGUUUAAGAGAGGAGAAUAUAAAGAAGCUGAAGAUGCUUAUGGAAAAGCCCUACAGGUCUGUCCAGCCUGUUGUAACACAGACAGAUCUAUUUUGUAUUCAAACAGAGCUGCAGCAAGAAUGAAACAGGACAAGAAAGAAAUUGCCAUAAGUGAUUGCAGCAAAGCCCUGGAAUUAAAUCCAAACUAUAUCAAGGCACUGCUCAGGAGAGCAGAACUAUAUGAAAAAACAGAAAAGUUGGAUGAAGCCUUGGAAGACUACAAAAACUUGAUGGAAAAAGAUCCAUCAAUCCAUCAAGCAAGAGAAGCUUGUAUGCGAUUGCCGAGACAAAUCGAAGAACGUAAUGAGAAACUUAAGGAAGAGAUGUUGGGCAAACUGAAAGAUCUUGGGAACUUGGUUCUCCGCCCUUUUGGCCUAUCGACAGAGAACUUCCAGGUGAAGCAGGAUUCAUCCAGUGGCUCAUACUCUAUCAACUUUGUUCAAAAUCCAAACAACAACCGAUAACAUAAGCCCAACCUACUCAUGGUAAAAAGUUUGGUGUCGGAAUUUGAUGGAGGUGGUUCAGUGAAUGCAGAAAGAGGAUGAAUAAACAUUUAAUGCCUAACAUUUUUAUCUAAAUGUAAAGAUUUGAACAUAGUCCUAUGCAUUUUUCUGUGGGAUACUUUAGCAGGUGUGAGUAACAGAGCAAAGCAAUCUGACUUCUGCUGUAAUCUUAGAUGCACUUUAUUCACUCUUCAUCCUCCCUUGUGAGGAGAGGGGAGGAGAGUUUGGUUUUGGUAAAUAGAAGAAUUUCAGUGCUCCCAUACCUGAAGUACAACCAUUCUGUGUUUGCCUGAAGUUUGCAAAUGUGUGUGUGCAAAUGAGAGGGCUGACCUCUUUCUAUUCAGAGAGAAUACUUUAUUGUUGUAAGUGUAAUAAAACAUUGAUUAUAGCAA